CUCGGUGACGUCACUUUGUGGGCGGGGCUUGGCUCGGUCCCGGAAGUGGCGCCGUUGCCCGGCAGCCGUUGCCAAACGACGGCGUCGGUGCCAACAUGGCGGAGAACGUGCCGCCCGUCGGAACCUUCCCGGGCUUCAUGACCGAGGCCGGGCUGCUCUAUAGGCGGGGCGAGUACGGCAAGGCCCUGAGCUGCUUCAACAACGCGCUGAAGCUUCGAGCCGGGGACAAGCACGGCCUGGUGGGACGGUCACGGUGUCACCUGAAGCUCGGGGACAUACAGAGCGCGAUGAGGGACGUGGAGGCGGCGCUGCAGGGCGACAAGGCGUUCUCGGAGGGCCUGUACCAAAAGGCCGAGGCGCUGUACACCAUGGGGGACUUUGAGUUCGCUCUGGUGUUCUAUCAUCGAGGCUCCGAACUGCGACCGGAGCUGCAGAAGUUCAGGCUGGGCAUCCAGAAAUCCCACGAGGCCAUUAUCAACUGCAUUGGAACUCCAUCCUCAGUUAAACUGAAGAACACAGAGGGUCUCUGCUUUGUAAGCCGGCAGGCGGAGAGCAAAAAAGCAGAAGAGAAACUCCAGAUCAAACUGAGCAAGGAUCAAAAGUCCACAAAGAAAAAGGAACCUGCAAGGAGUCAGAAAACAGAGCGGCAGCUUCUGGGAGAGCUCUAUCCUGACAAGGCCUACCUGGAAAAGCUGCUCAAGGACGAAGAGUUGAUGAAGAGCUUCACAAAGCAGGGGAUCAAAGUGGAGGACGUGGUUCAGGGUGGCAUUGCCUACCUGGACAGGCGCGCUGAGUUCUGGCAGCAGCAGAAGCCCAUCUAUGCCCGUGUGAGGGAGCGCAAGCUCAUGCAGCAGAGAUGGAUCCGAGAGAAGAAACCCAAACCAGCCGAGGUGGCCAGAUACAUUGUGAAGAAUAUGGAGGACAUCGAUAUGUUGCUGACUGGAGAAUGCCCUGAAGAGAGCUGCAAGAAAGCAGAGCGUGUGCUGAAAACAAUACAAGGAUGGUCAGAGGAUGAAGUUCCCAACAAGGAGGAGCUGAUUGGGAACCUCCACAGCUGCAUUGGGAACGCUCAGUUUGAGAUGGGGCAGAUGGAGGCAGCCCUGAAAAGCCACAAAAUGGAUCUGGAGAUUGCCAGGAAGAACAAUCUCCCCGACGUCGUGUCCAGAGCCCUCGACAACAUCGGCAGAGUUUAUGCCAGGACCGGCAAAUUCCAGCAAGCCAUCGACGCCUGGGAGGAGAAAAUCCCACUGGCAAAAUCCAGCCUGGAGAAGACGUGGCUGUUCCACGAGGUCGGCCGCUGUUACCUGGAGCUGGGAAAUGCUGAAGAAGCUCAAAACUACGGAGAGAAAUCCCUGCAGUCAGCGCUGGAGGAGGGGGAUGCGGAGUGGCAGCUCCACGCCCGCGUGCUGCUGGCACAGGCACAAGAGAAGUUAAAGGAUUAUUGCUCUGCAAUUACAAACUUUGAAAAGGCCCUUGAGAAGGCAAAGCUCCUCCACAGCGAUGCAGCUCAGGAGGCCAUCAUUGCUGCCCUGGAUGACAUGAGCAGAAGCUUCGUCGAAGACCUGAGAGAAAGAGAAGCGGAGGAUGAAGACCUCCAAGAUCAGGAUUUCGGCGGUGAAAACGCAAAAUACGACAGUUCUGAGGGACGGGAAAAGGAGCAGAGCUCAGAGAACCAAGGGGGGGAAAAAGAGGAUGCAGAGAACGAAAAGGAACCAGAAAACGAGGGAGAAGAGCUCAGUGAAGGAGAUGGAAAAGAAGAGGGUGAAGAGGAGGAGAGCAAACUGAAAGAGGAGGAGGAGGAGGAGGAGGAGGAGAAGAGCGAAAGAAAGGAAGAGGGGGAAGAAGAAACGGGAGCCGACGAAUAGGAUUAGUCUGAUAACCUGAGCGGUUAGAAUAAAGCCGGUUUACGCUCCGCUGUCACACA